AUGGACCCUGCCUCCCCGCCACGCGCCAAAGCGACGCUAGGCAAGCAGAAACUCCCGAUGCGGCUGAUUGGGGACAAGACGCGGCGCGGGGUGACGUUUAGUAAGCGGAAAAAUGGGUUGUUGAAGAAGGCGUACGAACUGACCCGGCUAACAGGAACCCAAGCGCUGCUGCUGAUCGCCUCCGAAACGGGGCAGGUCUACACCUUCGCCACGCCUCGGUUGCAGCCCGUGCUCAACUCGGACGCCACGCGGGAGCAUAUACAGAGGUGUUUGAAUGAUGGGGAU